UGUCAGACUUAUGUUGAAAAUGAUUUUUAUAUGUUCGUAUCUUAGACCCCAAAGUCAAGUGAGAAACGUGACGACGUAAAUUAAAACUGUUCAAAGAUGAAUUUGAAAAGGAAUGAUGAUUCGUAUGGUAUGACAAAUUAAAAUAUUAUGUCUUGUAAAUAAGGCAGUUGCCUAUAUGGUAAACGAAUUCAUGAAAUCAGUUCCAAAAACCUUUUAGGAUCGUUUCUCUUGCAAUUAAUUUCAUUCGGUUGUUUUAAAAAAGCAAAAUUUUUAAAAUCUGGAAACAAGAUUUACAUGUGAAAUGAAUGUCAAAUGCUUUCAAAACAGAACUACUUCAUACUAAAGAAAAUAUUAUUUUUGAAAACUGAAUGUAAGGACCUGAAAGAAUUCUGACUGACACCUUGUCUGAACACAAGCUGAUGAAAGGAAAGAAAAUAAUAGUAUUUGGUGGAGGAUUGUACGCAUUAAGAAAUAUGUGGUUGGACGUUGCAAAUUAUGGAAUAGAGAUUAUUCUUGUGGAGCAAGAUCCGGAUCAUAUUGCAAGGGAUAGCGUUCAUUCCUUUAUUCAUUAUGAUUUCUCCGACCAUAAACUGGACCAUGCGCAUGCUUGCCAAAUUGAAAAAUUAAUACAUAGUUUAGGAAUAAAACCAGACGGUUGUCUCCCCCUGAAUGAUGAGUGCAGUAUUUUAGCUGCAUUAGUUACUGAAUCUUUGGAGUUAAGAGGAUUGACUUACAAAUCGGCCGUGAUAGCGAAUUCCAAAUCGCAAACGCAAAAUGCUUUAGGACUCCAUGACUCAUUACAUCUUAAAAACGUAUCGGACUGUGAUAUGUUACCAGGAAGGUAA